UGCGUAAGAAUCAAUGUGGAGGAAUAACGAGAGAGUCUACAUGUCUCCGGCGAGGGGUUUCUUGACCCCACCACCGAAAUGGAGGUCGCCGGCGUCAGACAAGGACCAGAGGUGGCCAACUCAUGCACAGAGUGCUAAAGCUGAUCUUUUUCACGUCAUUCACAAAGUGCCUUCUGGUGAUUCUCCAUAUGUCAGGGCGAAACAUGUUCAAUUAAUUGAUAAGGAUCCAGGCAAGGCAAUUUCUCUGUUCUGGGCAGCAAUUAAUUCCGGUGAUCGAGUUGAUAGUGCUCUGAAAGACAUGGCAGUGGUAAUGAAACAGUUGGAUCGUUCAGACGAGGCCAUCGAAGCAAUAAAGUCAUUUCGAAAUCUUUGUCCCUCUGAGUCUCAGGAGUCCAUUGACAACAUCUUGAUUGAACUCUACAAGAGAUCUGGUAGGCUCGAAGAAGAGAUUGAAUUACUUGAACUGAAAUUGAAGAACGUUGAAGAAGGCAUAGCAUUUGGUGGGAAGAGGACUAAGAUUGCUAGAUCUCAAGGAAAAAAGGUUCAAAUCACAAUUGAAAAGGAGUACUCAAGAUUGUUGGGGAACUUGGCAUGGUCAUACAUGCAACUCAAUAACUUUAAAUUGGCAGAGGAGUACUAUAGAAAAGCACUCUCUCUCGAAUCGGACAAGAACAAGCAAAGCAAUCUUGCAAUCUGUUUGAUGCACAUGAACAAGAUUGCAGAAGCUAGGUUUCUGCUUCAAAGCAUAAAAGCCUCAGAUAGAUGGCAAAUGGAUGAGUCAUGCACCAAGUCCUUCGAGCGUGCCACUCAAAUGCUAGCUGAGUUAGAAACUCAUGGCAUUCAGAACUCUAAGGAACAGGUGGAAGAGAUGCGGGAGGUUAGGAUAGAUUCAUCCACAUCAGAUGAACAUGAUUGCAGGGGACACGAGAAGACACAUCCACCUCCAUUUACUGCUUCUGGACCUCGAAAGCACUUUUUAACACAACCAAGAAGAUAUUCAUGUUCACUCAAUGAUGGAGGUUGGUUGAAUAAGGACUCUGUUAGUGCCUGUAGUCGAAGAUUGUUAUUUGAGCAAACAUCAAAUAAUGAGAAUGUGCAGUUAGUUGUGAAUCAUAAUUUCAACAAGCUCAUUUCUGCCAACGAUAUGAGCGAGGGAGCAUCCCUUGUCCGUGGACAAGUGUUAUCUAGGUCAUGGGCAAAUGGCGCUAACGUGGAAAGUGAAUGUGAUUUGCAGCCACCUUACUCCAAAUGGAAAAACAACUCUUCCGGAAAUGAUGGAUCAGACCAAAUUUCUUUAGAGUUGUCGAAGUCUCCAACAGAAUCAUUGGCUGAUAUUACAAGUGCAAGAAAAUAUUCUGGAGAUGGGAGUAAAGAUUGUUGGAGUUCCACUUUGACUUAUAGAGAUACGGUGACAUUAGAGGAUACCACCGAACACUUGGAGAGCACAAACUUGAAACCUUUAAACUUGCCUGCAUGUACAAACAAGAAGAGUUGGGCUGAUAUGGUGGAAGAGGACGAGUUGGGUUUGCAAUUUCAUGAAACUCCAGGCAAAUAUUCAGAUGAAAAUGAGAAUAUUGAUUCAAAUAUUAUUAAUCUUAGCCAAAACAUUGAUACAUUGUGUCUGAAUGAAGGGUAUCAUACACAACCUGGACGAGAAGCAAGGCGUUCCUUGUGCUUUGAUCAGAAUGACAGAAAAGAAAAGUGUUCAUCUGACUUUCAGGGGAAAGCGCUUAAGUCUGGAAGCUUGAACUCCUUGCCCCCUAUAGGAGACAUUGCUUAUCAAACGCCAGUCACGUUGAUGCGGAGGAACAGACUGCAAGUAUUCAGAGAUAUAACUCCUGAAAGUCCUAAACCUUGAGCCUACUGUCAUGUACAGAAAUAAAUAGUCAU